AGUACCUAGCAAAGUGCUUCAAUGCAUGAUUAUUACGUUGGAGCCUCUUAGAUUUACUUUUCUGAGUUUUUUUUUUCUUCUUCUUUCUCUCUCUCUGUCUUAAAAAGCCUUUUUUAUCAUUUGUACCUCGAAUUCGAUUGGGGGGGAUUGAGUAUUUUUUAGGGUUUGUUGUUCGAUUUGAAAUUGUGUAUGUAAUGUGAGAGAGAAAGAAAGAGAGAGAUCUCGUAAUGUUAAAGAGACAGACGUCCCACGCCAUUCUCAACAGAAUCUCACGAUUCGAUUCACCAACCCUAACAAUGUCUGCCGCUGCCGCUGCCGCUGCCGCUUACACCGAUCCCUCGCGAUCGCUCCACAGUCGAUCCAUCGUGAACAGAUUAUGUGAUGGAGGUGGUGGUUUCGUUCAUAGGCUCAAUCCCAUUUCUAACGCCUUGUUUAAAGGAGGCGGAAAGCCCAAUAGGUGGUUAACCUUAAGAAGCUGUUUUGAUGAUUUUCCUCCUCCUCCUCAUCACAAGAAGGCUCAGGCUCGAGCUUUAUCUCUGCAUCAUCAUCAUCGCCGCCUCCUCCAUGGCUCGAGGGAAGAACGUCUCGGCGGCGGAACCACCGACUUAGCGGAUGGACGUGGAGUUGGUAACACGGCGAGGUUGCAAGGGAGUGAUAAGAUCGUUGUGGCUGUUGACAUUGAUGAGGUUUUGGGAAACUUUGUCUCGGCCCUUAACAAGUUCAUUGCCGACCGCUAUUUGUCAAACCAUUCCGUCUCAGAGUACCAUGUCUACGAGUUCUUCAGGAUAUGGAAUUGCUCCCGGAAUGAAGCUGACCUACGUGUUCAUGAAUUCUUUAAGACAUCAUAUUUCAAGAAAGGGAUCCAUCCUCUUCCAGGUGCCCAUAAGACUCUUCACAAGCUAUCAAGAUACUGCGAGCUCUCAGUUGUUACGUCCCGGCAGAAUGCGAUAAAAGAUCACACACUUGGGUGGAUCGACAUGCAUUUUCCAGGACUGUUUAAACAGAUUCAUUUCGGGAACCAUUUUGCUCUUCAUGGAGAGUCUAAACCCAAGUCUGAAAUCUGCAGAUCAUUUGGAGCAGAGAUAUUGAUUGACGAUAACCCCAGAUAUGCAGAGGAAUGCGCUAACAUAGGAAUGAAAGUUCUCCUCUUUGACUAUGAAAACUCAUACCCUUGGUCUAAAACUGAGUCUGUGGACAGACAUCCUUUGGUUACUAGAGUUCAUAAUUGGGAAGAAGUGGAGCAGCAGAUUCUCUCAUGGGUAGUAACAAAGUGUUAAAACACAUUUUAAUACUAUUGAUGUUUCAAAGUUACAAUGUACUGUAAACCAAGAAAAGCUUGAUGGGAUGAAUAAGUAGCAGACGAUGGGAAUUUGCUAAAAAACUGUCUCCUUUUAGCAUUAAUUUUUUUUUUGUUGCUAAAAUUAGUUUGGUAUCAAAUUAUUCAACUAAAGUUUCGUUUGUACAUAAUAUAAAACAAUGUAUUAUUUUAAGCGUUUAGUUCCAUUUUCAAUGAUCUCA